AUGAAGUCUGCCGUUGUGUUGCUGGCCUUUCUGGCUGUCUCACAGGGGCUUCUCAGGAUUCCCUUGAUGAGAGGGAAAUCGGCCAGGCAGCUGCUGGAGGAGAGAGGCCUGUUUGAGGAGUACAGGAGGAAGUUUCCAUAUAACCCCUCUGCAAAGUUUCUCCCCAGGAAUGAGCAGAGUGUGGUGCCCAUGACCUUUGACCCAGAUACCACAUACUAUGGCGUGAUUGGCAUCGGGACUCCACCUCAGUUCUUCAGAGUUCUCUUUGACACCGGCUCCUCCGACCUGUGGGUUCCCUCCGUGAGAUGCACCAGCUCUGCUUGUGACCGUCAUGGAAAGUUCAACAGCUCAGCAUCCUCCACUUUUCAGGCUGGUACAAACCCUUUCUACAUCUCAUACAACAGUGGAUUCGCAGCAGGGAGUACAGGAUAUGACAUCAUGAAGAUAAGUGAUCUGUACGUGGAGCACCAGGUGUUUGGCCUCACUGAAACAGAGGCAGUUUUCCUGGGAUCUGUGCCCUGGGAUGGGAUCCUUGGUCUGGCUUUCCCUAGCAUGUCCCUUGAAGGAGGCACACCUAUAUUUGACAACAUGUGGAACCAGGGCAAAAUCCCCCAGAACAUGUUCUCCAUGUACCUGAGCAGUUCUGUAGAGGGCAGUGUGUUGAUUCUGGGAGGAACAGACCCCUCAUAUUACACUGGAGACAUUAACUGGAUCCCACUGUAUCAUGCCACUAACUUUUGGAACAUCCAAAUACAAAGCAUCACUAUUAAUGGGAACACAGUCGCAUGCUCUGGAGGUUGUGAGGCCGUCGUGGACUCUGGUACUUCUCUGAUCACCGGCACGAGCAAAGACAUUAACAACAUCAAUGGCUGGUUGGGAGCCUCCCCAGGCCAGUAUGGUGAUGCUGCUGUCACUUGCAGUAACAUGAAUCUGUUGCCAAACAUUGUGUUCAACAUAAACGGCUACAGCUUCUCUCUUCCUCCAUCAGCAUAUGUCAUUAAGUCUGCGUCUGGGUGCAGGACGGGCUUUGCACCUGGCACCUGGAUCCUGGGUGAGGUCUUCAUGCGGCAGUUCUACACCGCAUUCGACGUCGGGAACAACAUGGUGGGCUUUGCUCAGGCUGUGUGACUAAAGAUGUGAAGACAUGGGGUCUGGAGGUUGUAGUGUUUGUCACCCUAAGAUAGCCUGAGAUAUUUAGGAAGUAAUUUACUUUAUUUUUUAUAACCAAGAUUCACUGAAAAGCAAAUUAUCCUGUAAAAGAAUACAUAUUUGUGACCAAAACUAAUAAAACGUUGCC